AUGGCCGCAGCUCCAGGUGGCAAGACUACGUACAUUGGCCAACUCAUGCGAAACACGGGCACCUUGUUUGCGAAUGAUCUACGGCGUGAUCGAUGCAAGGCUCUUGUGGCAAACGUGCACCGGUUGGGCUUGACAAAUGUCGUGGUGACCAACUUGGAUGGCAAGAAGCUCUCGAAGAUGCUGCCGCGCCUGGAUCGGGUUCUCUUGGAUGCUCCUUGCACAGGUUCCGGCAUUAUUGCCCGAGAUCCAUCUGUGAAGGUGAAGAGAGGCCAGAAGGACUUCGAAAACCACAGCCGUUUGCAAAAGGAAUUGCUCGCAGCAGCCAUCGACAUGGUGGACGCAGGCUCCAAGACCGGCGGAUACAUCGUCUAUUCCACCUGCUCAGUGUCGGUGGAGGAAAACGAGGCGGUAGUGGACCACGCCUUGAAGACGCGGAAUGUCGAACUGGUGUCCUUCACAAGCUCCGUAAGCUUUGGCGUCGAAGGUCUGACGAAGUACCGGGAACGAAGGUUUCAUCCUUCGCUCAACCUAACACGCCGGUAUUAUCCCCAUGUGCACAACAUGGAUGGCUUCUUCGUCGCGAAGCUGAAGAAAACAUCGAACAAAGUGCCAGAGCGUGCAAAGAAGGAUCGCGCAAAGACAGAUGACAAAGAAUGGGGUGAGGAGCAUUGGACUCCCGCCUUCAUGGAUUCCGUGGUUGAUUUCGAGGCACGUCGGAUGCCGACUGUGUAUGUGGUCGACAUGGUACACGCGGCUUCCUCUCGUUCAAACUAA